AUGCCUCCAAAAACCAAGCGGCUGUCUCGCCCGAAGAGUAAAAUCCGCGAAAAGAAAGAGCAUGGAAAUGGCAACCGUCACCGGUUUCAGAGUUUUACAAGACGCAUUGCGAACAUCAGCAUCGAUCCCAUCCGAUCCACCCGAAAUGAGCGGUUGGAAAUUGACUCUGAUGACACCAGUUCUUACUUCAGGACUUCUCUCGAACGAUGGGAAGAUAUAAAUCUUUCCGGAAACUUCACAAACUUUUCUCAGAAAGUUCGACCUCUAUCCCAGACACUACCCCAGAUUCUCCAUCAUGAAAAAGAGAUACACGAGCUGCUCCUCGAGCAUAUUGGUCUAGGAGACACCUUAUCUCUUGAACCAUUGCUUUCCCUAGUCUCUAGCUUUGCCCGGGAUUUGGGAGUCAGAUUCGAAAAGUACUUCCCAACGACCGUGAAUGCGGUUGCUGGACUUGUGCUCCGUCACAAUGCUGUUGAAGUCAUUGAGUGGAGCUUUAUGUGCCUUGCUUGGCUGUUCAAAUUCCUCUUUAGGGUCCUUAUCGAGGAUAUCAAGACUGUCUUUGACCUCAUGGAACCCCUACUUGGCGCGUCUCAUGAGAAACCGUUCCUCUCUCGAUUUGCUGCAGAAGCUCUGAGUUUUCUCAUUCGAAAAGCUGCUUCUAGUCGCAAAGAGGAGCACAAAGCUCUGAAUGCCAUAGUUCAACACUCUCUUGAGUCAGCUGCCGAGGCUGACCCACCGUCAAAAACCUUCCAAGGCGGUCUAAUUGUCCUCUAUGUCGAGUCUAUCAAGGGCAUACAGGACAGAGUCCAUCUUAACGGUCCCACUAUUCUACAUGAGUUGGUGACUGUUGCCGUCGAGUUGUCAACUGACACCUUCCGCACGCACUUGAUGACCGACAUCAUUUCCGGAAUCUUUGUGGAGAUAUCACCCGAACUCUGUGCGGAGGCACAUGCCUCACUGAUCAGCGUCAUCCUGGAAAUUGCGCAAGCAAAAGAAUUCACCUUGACCCAAUGGAAAUUCCUUGUCAACUUGCUAUUUUCCGCAAUCUCCGUCUGCCGCGAUCGUUCGGAGGUUGACUGGAAAGGUGUCUUUCAAUGCAUCGAUCUCUCGAUGUCGUUUGUCGAGGGCAAUGGUGUAAACCACGCGGAUAUUGCACCGGAUGUCCUCGGUCUUUCGGUUCUCGCGUUGCAACGCUGUCCAUUGGACGUCAUGUUGAUACGAUCGAAGCAGCUAGACCGUUUGAUCCGCGAGCCAUGGGCAGCAUACUUUGUUGCAUUCUGCGAGUUCUUUGCAAAGUUCGGCAUUGAACGAUUCGACGGUUUCUUGCUUGCUCUAUUUCAACGAUUCGUCACCGAGCAAUGGAACGCCUACGAGACAGGGAUUUGCUCCUCGUUGCUUAAUAUCCUACCGAGAUUAAGCGGUCAAGGGCGGCCUAUUGUCAUUCCACAAGCGUGGAAGAAUAGGAUGUGCUCUUUCUUCAAUACCCUUUGCUCAGCUGAGACUGACGAUCCAUCAUUUCAAUCUCAACUUUGGCUCUGCAAUGUAUUCCUCGAGCUCCCCUCUCAGCAACGACUAAAUCUGGAUAUCGAGAAGCAUUUGACGAAGACCCUUCGAAACCUGUUGCUUCGAACCCUCAAGCACACUAAAGAUUCGAUGCGUUCGGAUUUACGUUUGUUCUCUCUUGGCAACGCUCACAAAUGCCUUUUAUCGGCGGAUUCCUCCACUCCUCACGAUGAUUGGGCCUCCAUUUGUGAAAUGGCGCCCAGCGUUGCAUUCGCACCUGCAUUCUGGGAAGCAAUGAGCAUGCGCUGCCGAAGCGGUUGCCGCUUGAGUGAUCUCACCGAAGCCCAGGUCGAUCGAUUGGCAGAUUCUAUGAAGAUGGCCUUGUCAGCACCAUCUCGUUCGCUACGCAACUGUUGUCUCGAUACACUGGGACUGCUUUGUGCGGGCGAAACCCCUCUCGUUCCAAUCAUUGAUGCUCUACAAUCCAUCGAAUCCGCUCCUGUCUCGAUCGAUACAGGUAGAGCUGUCGGAAUUCCAAUACGAAAGCUGGCUACUUUGUACAGCGCCGCCUCCUCACAUCCCCUUCUCAAAGUCUGUAUUCCUGCCUACUGCUUCGGACUGUUGACUGUCCAUUUCGCCCCUAUAUGGGAAGACAUUCUCAAAACUUUGAGAGCAAUCGUCGAAUCGAAAGAGGGAGAGCUUGUGGUAUCGCAGAUCUCAUUUGAGUGGCUGCGAGGGCCGGACCAGGGCAACGCUAUUGAGGCCGAACCAGAUGAAGAUGAAGAACAAGAAGACGAUUGGAUCCUCCCGCAUCAUGGGAAUACGUUUCUCGAGAGGACCGUCAAAUCGUUCGAAAAGUCCUUUCACCAGGAGAAGCACGCCGAAGAACACCUUCGAACCAUUUUCAAACAAGCGCAUGACAUCAACCCCGAUUCAACCAUCUCGCGCCAAGAACAAGCCUUGCGAGUUUUCAAUGCAGUACCGCAUAUGGCUGAGAAGAGGUCGCGAGAAUUGGUCCCUUUCCUGAUGAAAUGGACCGAGACUCUGUCCCAAGUGAACGCAGACGAAAUCACUCAAGAUGACGAAGCUGAGCAGGAGCAGGAUUCCUUGGACAUUACUCUGGAUGUCAAGGAACGGAAGUCGCUCCUCUCACUCUUCAGUAAAUUCAAAAAUCCGAAAGCGUUGUACCAAUCGUCCGAAGUUCACGGAGCUCUAUCAACACUUCUCACGGUUGGAGAUUCCGACAUCCAACGAAGCGCAAUGAAGGCUCUGAUGACCUGGAAAUCACCAAGCUUACUGAAGUAUCAAGAGGCACUCUUUGACCUCAUUGACGAUGCCAAGUUUAAGGAUCGCAUCACCAUCUUCCUGGGAAACGUCGACGACGACUCCGCUCUGCAGCCCACAGAUCGACCUGUGGUUAUGCCGAUAGUGCUCCGGCUACUUUACGGAAAAGCCAUCACCAAAUCAGGAACGCGCAGUGCUGCCAACCGUCCGGAAAACAAACGACGUGCCAUAUUUGGCGCAUUGACGAGAUUUCCGGCCGAAGAUUUGCUGGAGUACAUUCGGAUUUGCUUUGGCCCCUUGAGAGACGUCAAGUUGUUCCAAGGUGACGAUGUGGACCAAGAUGUGCUCAACGAGGACGUUCUAGACAUACGACGGCAGCAAGGCGUGCUCACAAUGCUGAGGGAUCUGCUGGCUUUCCUUGGAUCGUCGGCGGAGUCAGUUGCAGCGGAUGUUGUUGAGCCAAUUCUUUACUGCCUCCUCAGAUCUUACCCUUCAUCAUCAAACAACGCGGCAUCCCCGGAGAGGCAAAAGGUUGUACGCAGUAUUUCAUACAAAUGCUUGGCGAUGUUGUUCGAGCAUGGAACUGGAAUCGACUGGACCAAAUAUGUUCCUAUCAUUCUCAGCACCGCUGUGUUUGAUAGAGAUGUCAGUUUCGCGGGCGAACAAGCUCAGGCUGUCUCGGGUCUAUUGCAACUUGUCGGACUAUUCUACGGCAACUCAGCAACGGCGUGCUUCCUCUCUCAGGAAUAUCCCAGCAUGCUGAAAAGUGUUGUUGACUGCUUGACAACCCCGAACGCGAAGGCCGAAGUGCAAGUGUUUGUCCUUUCUCAAGUUUUGGACGGCCUAGCCGAACUCGCCUCCGAAAGCGGCUUGCAAAGCCAAACGAUCCAGGAAUCACUGCUUCGCGAUGUUGACUACGCGCUCGAUUCCAUUGCUGCGAUUAUCGAGAAGGGAUCCGAGCAGCCGGUCUUGGAGGCAAGUCUAAGCACGCUCGUCACAUUCUCGGGCUUGGUCCGCACCCAAAAGAGCGCCGAAAAGCUAGUUAUGCUGGUGUCAAGUCUGCUGGAACAGCCGAAAGGACAACUGAAUCAGAAGGUCAAGACGGAUCUGCUGAGGAUUCUACACCAUUUCAUUCCCCGGACUCAGAUGGAUGCAGCUUCCGAUGAGUUUGAACGGCUAUAUCGUAUCAUUUCCUCCAUCUUCGGUGACCCAGGAAAGCCCGAAAUACGACUGCUUCUGUGCGACGUGGUGGAUGAUCUAUCUCAAAUCAAUGAUUCCCUGGCAGGAAUCAGCACUAUAUGCCGCGAGCUAAACAGUGUGGAGUACCGGAACUUGAGCGAACCGGAUUUCACCAAAAGACUCGGAGCGUACCAUCAAGUCAACGAGACUCUGUAUUCCUCAUUGACCACAUUACAAUGGCUUCCAAUCCUUUACAAUGCACUCCACUUUCUGAAAGUUCCCGAUGAGCUAUCUAUCCGAGCCAGCGCUUCACUCACCGUACGACGAUUCAUUGAAGUCUCAGGCACCAAAUCAGAGGAAGAAUGUGCUGCCUAUAAAUGCCAGGUCGAGAGCGUUAUCCUUCCAGACCUCAUCAAAGGCCUUCGGGCCCAUGAUGAGCAAGUCCGCGCAGAAUUUGUUGGCUUGCUUGGAGUAAUGGUCGCCAAGUAUCCCUCAGGAUCUAGUGUGAGCUCACUCGGACCACUUCUGAUGAAUGGCGAUGAGGAGGCGUCCGUUUUCGCCAACAUUCUCCACAUCCAACACCAUAGGCGUCUACGAGCCAUGCGUCGUAUGGCCGAGCAAGCCCAGACAGGGCAGUUCACCACCUUCGUUGUCAGCCAAGUCCUCAUUCCACUCAUGGAGAGCUUUGUGCUUGAUAAGACUACUGCUGAGAAUCACCACAACUUGGUCACUGAGGCUAUUAUAGCCAUCAACUCGCUUGCGGCAUGGUUGGCUUGGUCUCAGAUGCGGGCGAUACUUCAGAAACAUUGCGGUCGCUUGAAGGCACCUGAGGCAAAAACGAAGACACUCACCCGGCUGAUCUCGUCUUAUUUGGACUCCCUAAGCCGCUCCGCUUCAAAGUUGAAGAAAUCUGAGGAUGCUGCUGACGGGGAUGUUGACAUGAGCGACGCCGUUGAGACUGCCUUGUCGAAAUCAAUCACGAGCCCUACAAAGUUCCGUCGCGACCUCACAGAUGGCGUUCUACCGCCACUAUACCAAUUCCUCCACAAGCAAGACGAAGACACGGUUCAGUCCCGUAUGAUACUUGCACCAUGUUACGCCAAGACCAUCAAACUGUUAACGGAUGAUGAAUUCGAACAGAAGCUGGUUUCGCUACUUUCUGAAGUAUCCGCGGUGCUUCGGAGCAAAUCGGCCGACACUCGAGAUACUGCACGGAAAGCGAUUGCGGAUAUCGUCACCGCAUUGGGACCUCAAUCCGUUGGCUUUGUCAUCAAGAGUCUCAACUCCACUCUUCAGAGAGGCUAUCAACGCCAUGUCUUCUCAUUCACAGUGCACACUCUCCUUGUGAUACUGAUACCCACUAUAUCCGCUGGUGAUCUCGACUACUGUCUUGAAGACCUAGUCAACGUGAUGAUGGACAGUACGUUUGGCGCAGUCGGAGAGGAGAAGGAAUCAGAAGACUACAUCAGUCAAAUGAAGGAGGUGAAGAGCAACAAGAGCUUUGACGCGAUGGAGAUUGUGUCGAAGAUUUGCACGCAGUCAAGUAUCGCAAGUCUGAUCCAGCCACUCCGCGUAUUGCUGACGGAAAACCUUCCGCUGGCCAUGAUUCGGAAAGUGGACGAAUUUCUCCGCCGCAUUGGACUUGGUAUCAUGCAGAAUCCCGCACUCUCAGACCGAGGCAUCUUGAUUUUCUGCUUCGAGAUCCUACAGCAACCCACCAAGCAGGCAGCCGGCGCACGGCGAGCCUCCCUGCUGUAUAAGCUCGUCCGCUUCGGGCUCGACUUGCUUCGAUCCGUCCUUCAAAAGCACCCAAACUUGAAGACGCCCGAGAAUCUUUCCGGAUUACUGCCGCCAAUCUGCGACUCGAUUCUGGCAUCACACGAAGAGGUUCAAAUGUCCGCAAUGCGACUUGCAGCAUCGAUAAUCGCGGCCCCCCUUCCACGACUCGCCACCGAUGCGCCAGUAUUCGUGGCAGAAGCCGUCCGCAUCGUGGAGGGUGCCCCAAAUACUGGCACUGAACUUUCUCAAGCCGCCCUCAAGCUCAUUGUUGCCGUAUUGAAGGACCGAAAAGAUGUGAUGGUCAAAGAGAAGCACAUUGCGCAUAUUUUGAAGCGUAUUCGGACCGACAUUGAAGAACCAGAGCGACAAGGUGUCAUGUUCAGCUUGCUCAAAGCCGUCACUGGCCGUAAGAUGGUAAUGCCUGAGCUCUACGAAGCCAUGGAUACCGUGGCGAGAAUCAUGAUCACGAACCAGACAAAGUCAACCCGAGCCAUGGCAAGGUCGACCUACUUCCUGUUCUUGACGAAUUGUCCGCAAAGCAAAGACCGAUUCUCCAAGCAAGUUCAGUUCCUCGUCAAGAACCUCCAAUAUCAAUACGAGGAAGGUCGAGAAUCCACGAUGGAGUUGAUGCAUCUUGUAUUGACGAAGCUUGGAGAGGACCUAGUCCAGCAGGUCAUCAAGUCGGCUUUUGUGCCCCUUGUGAUGGUCAUCAUCAACGACGAGUCCGAGAGUUGCCGGGCGAUGGCAGGAAUUCUACUCAAAGAAGCGAUGCAGCGCGCGGAAUCCGAGCAGAGGUCCACAACUGUACGCCUACUUCAAGACUGGCUCAGCCAGAGUGAGUCCGAUGCCUUGCGACAUGCUGCCCUCCAAAUCUGGGCUCUGUGGUUCGAGGUCAUCGGCGAUGACAACCGAGAUGUUGGUCCUUUCCUCAGUUGGAUGGCGGAAUUUCUCAGCGAUCCUACGACGAUGUCCGAUCGCGACAACUGGGAAACCAUCUAUUUCUCCCUGCAGACGUUCGAAAAGUUUUGCACCAUUGCUCCUCAGCGUGCGUUUUCUUCCAAGACUAAGCCCGUGUGGGAGGCGAUGCAGCAGUGUCUUUGGUUCCCUCACCAAUGGGUCAAGGGGAUGGCCGCGAAGCUAAUUGGGUUAUACCUGGAUCAGUAUUUCCGGACCAAGGUAUCGAACGAAAAGGCGGGCACGGAAAAGAGUGCUCCUUCGUUUGAUCUUGGUGACGACGAGCUCAUCGGGUUGACCAAGUCACAUCUAAGGGCAUUUGAGUCGCCUGAGCCAGCCGAUGAGCUGUUGAAGUACUGCUCCCGGAAUCUGCUGGCUCUUGCCCGUCUCGUUGCUCAAACCCAGGUCCCUCUCGUUUCCCGCCGGUCAUUGGCGCAAAAAGAAGAGCAAGAAUUAGAAAACGAUGAGUCGGAGUCCGAGGAAGUCGAGCAGGCUAGCAGGAGUAUCCCAGGCGCAAGAGGACUACUCCCAACCAUCCGGGUGAAGAAGGCCGCGAUCGACCUAAUGGCAUCUCUAUGUGAGACGCUCGACAAAGAUGUCCUUUCCGAAUCCAUCCAUGUCUUCCUCCCAUCGCUCUACAACAUGACGGACCCCAGCCAACCGAAAGCAAAAUCUUUGAACGUCACGUACAACCAACUCCUGACGGAAACCAUCAAUACCAGCCAGGGCAUCAUGAGCGGGUUGCAGAAGAAGCUUGGGACGACGGAGUAUGUGAGACAUUAUCAGAAGGCGAAGGAGGCGGCGGCCCAGAGGCGAGAGGAGAGGAGAGUCAAGCGGAAGUUGGAUGCGGUGAAUGAUCCUGAGGCCCAUGAGCGAAUGAAACGGAAGAAGCGGGAGACGUCGAAGGCUCGGCAGAAGGAAGUGAGCAUGGAGUAUAGGGGGAGGAGAAGGGGUUGGUAAAAGGAAUUGAGCAUGGAGUAUCGGGUAGGAAAAGGGGUUGGUAGUGGCGGAGCGGAUCUUGUAUAAUAGAUGAAUUUUCAAUCGUACCGGUAAUAUGAUAUCAGUCCACAAC